CAUCAUCCUAGUUCUUCUCAUCUGGCAAAUUUUCUCUUCGACUGAUUAUCGUGUUUUUAUUCGAAAGAAAGCUAUGACGGAAAGGGAGCAGAGGGAUAGGAUCAGCCAAUUGCCGAAUGAUAUUCUGAUGUCUAUAAUCUCUCGAUUGAGCCUCCGCGACGCCACUGCGACUUGCAUACUUUCAACUUCUUGGCGACAUCUCCCUAGCCACCUCACCCGUCUCAAUUUCCCGCCAUAUAACUCCUUUAGAGGAUCAUUGAAAAAAUACACUAGGAUGAUCGACCAAGUCUUGAAUUCUCAUAGAGGCGAUCGCAUAAAAGAGUUCCGAUUGGACGCGCGCAGAUGUGGUGGCGAGUUUGAGAGUUGGUUCGAGUUUGCUGUAUCGAAGAAAGCUGAAAUAAUUCAUAUAUCUGUCUGUCCCAGGGAACUGUAUCAUAGGCUUCCAAACGCGAAUGGUCUUGAAUGCCUUAAAGAAUUGUAUUUAUCUAACAUUCAUAUGACCGAUCAAGACUUUGGCUAUUUGGUCUCCACUUGCGUUGCUCUUGAACGUUUCACACUUUACUAUGUUGGUUGGAGAAAUGUCUCAAUUGUUGGCCUUCCGAAAUUGAAGCAUUUAAACUUGUCUCAUCUUUGGAGAACUAAGACUGUUGUGAUUCGCGACUUGAUCAGCCUUGUUUCUUUGAGGUGUUGUGAAUGGACGGGUAAAUGGUGGUUAGGAGAAUGUAGCGAGCAACUUAGUAAUCUUCCGAAGCUUACCAAACUCGAACUUAGAAAUCAUAGUUAUCCGUUGGGGCAUAUUGAGUUCCUUGCCGGAAUGCCAUCUUGCAUGCGCGACCAACUCCAAUUACUGUUCCUCUCAUGUAGGACCCUCACUAAGUUGAAUCAUGAUUUGUCGUUUCAACUUGCAAAUCUGAAACAUCUAGAGAUCAUGUUCUGUAUGAGGACCGAUUGUGAGAGGGGCGAUUGGCGACAUGUCAUUCGUUUAGUUAAAGCGUGUCGUUCGUUACAAAAACUUGUUAUAAAGUUUGGGGAAGUCAAUGGCGAAACAGUGGAUCAUACUCUACAUUACAAUCCUCAAAAGUGUUUGGAAAUUUCUGGAUAUUUGGGUUAUUACGCAGAACAUGGAUUAAUUUUGGACCUCAUCAAUAAUAUUAAUAUUACAUCUCUUCAAAAAGUGAACUUUGUGGCUCCUCGUGAAGCGGCAUUAGGUCGUGCACGCUUUGAUUUUGAACAUAUUAAAUCAGUUGAUUUCUUAGUUAUAUCUUAA